CGUCAUGAGCCUCCAGGGUGUAAGUACACAACUAUUCUACUUUUUCUGGAGCUCAUUAAUUUGCAUUCAUUGUUGCAUUCACUUUGCUUAUGAUUUAUUACCUGCCUUUGCAGGUGAAGGCAACCAUCCAACAACACAGAGGAGACCUUGAUGCUGCAGAGACGGUCUGCGCUGAGCUGAAGAUUGGCCUGAAUGAGAUCGCCCUCACCCCCUUAUCCAGCCGUUCAUUGUCACACAAGCAGCCUCAGGACCCGGAAAGCGCCCUCCUUGAGUCCCUACAGAAUAGACUUGUUGAGUCCGGCAAAUUGAAUAUCCUCAAGGACCUCUCCAAAGCUCAGCAGCAGCCCAUCACAGCCCGAAUAGCGUUUGCCAACUACGUCAGAGUCAACCUGGUGACCAUGUCCGAUGCCAAGUACAAGAAAGCAAGGUCCACCAUCAACAGGUUACUGUCUGACUUGAUUGAUGAGGACGAUGAUGAUGCCAUUUGAGCUCCCCCAUCCCAGCAACCCAAAAACCCAGCCACCUUGACCCACCUCCACUGCGCCCCUAUUCAGCAUCGUCCUUCGGCUCGUUCGGCUCCUCCUCAUCAUCACCCUCCGAGCAAUAUCAGCCACCUACCCACAUGUGGAGACACGCGCCUCCAGCAUCAUCAGUGUGGGGAUCACAGUACAUGGAGUACAUGGAGCAGUACCAACAGCAACCCUUCCAGCAUCCACAUCACCACUCAGUACUGAGGGAGCAGCCCACUCCAACCCAGCCCAGUCCAGACACAGCCUUUGAGGACAGCCUCACGAACAUUUAAGGUCUGUUCAACCUCUCAGGACUUAGUCCCAUUGUAGGCUAGGAGCUCACCGAACAUCUCGGGUGGAACCCGCAUGAAGUUCUUGAAGGAUCUUUGGUCCUCGUUUAGGAGCUCCACCAUAAGCUGGUCGUGGAGGCCAAACUGUCGUCGCCUGCUAAUCCAUGGUCUCAUCCAGACUUCACGUCUUCUUCUGAUUCUGUUAUCUUGGAUCUGGUGAAGUGCAAAAUUGAUCAGAUCAUACUGGAGUUGGGUAAGUGUUACAUCCAUCCUCUGUCGUUGGAGGUUCAUGAAGAACUGAAGAUGAGCUAAAAAUUGGAGCCUAUAUAUACACUUUAUCAAAAGACUGACAAUACACUGGCCAUACGCCAAUAAUACGCUAGUUGUAUGUUAAAUACGUUACUCCAUCGUCUGGCAUAUGCCAAGAUGUCUAUAUACGUUGCAGAUACGUCAGAAAUACUUUAGAAGUACGUUAAUUACUCAUGAUACACCUUCCGCCAACGUAUGGCAACUUAUGUCCAGCGUACUCGACCUACGAGUAACGUACCUAUAUCGUACCUCUAGCGUAUUCAGCGUAUGCCUAGCGUAUUAACCAUAUGUCCGCAUACGCACAAAAUGUUUGAAUUGAAGUGUUUCAGGUUCAAUUUGUAUCCUUUUGUGGUCUAUUUGACCUCUUCUACAAAUCCCCAUACAAAAGUUUUGGCUUGUUUGUCACUGCUGUGUAUUUACACGUGGUGACCUACAUGUAUAUAUAACUCACCUGUGAUUUUCAUUGUGUGGUAUACCACUCACAGGUGGUUUUUGCUAUUGUUUUGCAACAUAACUGUUUCUUUC